UCGAUUUCCGGUCGUCCCGCGCCGCCUGCCCCCAGGUGUGAAUGGGCCGCGGGAGGGGGUCAAAGGUUCGAGUCCCGGCGUGGGAAUGAGCCUCUUUGACCUUUUCCGGGGCUUUUUCGGCUUUUCUGGACCGAGGAGCUCCUGCAGCCCCGCGUGAGCGUCUGCCUGCCCCACUCUGCCACCCGUGGGUUCAUUUCGUGACAAGCAGUGAUGAAAUCUUGAUGACCCAUCUGCCUCCGCCCCCAGCCCCAGAGACCCUUUUUUUGGAGGGAUGACUCGAGAUGAAGAAGAGGAGGAGGAGGAAGAGGACGAAGGAGCCACCUGGGGCCGUGGGAGCCCUAGGUUCGAGGGCCCCCAGCAGCCCGAGGAAUUUGGCUUCGGUUUUAGCUUCAGCCCAGAAGGAGGGAUGCGUUUCCAUGAUAACUUCGGCUUUGAUGAGCUGAUCCGAGAUUUCAAUAGCAUCUUCAACGAGAUGGGCGCCUGGACCUUGCCUUCCCGUCCUCCCGAACUUCCUGGUCCUUCAUCAGAGACACCUAGUGUGGGACAACGGGAGGGACAGACCCUUCGGGACUCUAUGCUGAAGUAUCCAGAUAGUCACCAGCCCAAGAUCUUUGGGGAGGUUUUGGAGAAUGAUGCCAAGACAGAAUCCCACGGUGCAGCCUCAGACUGGGACUCUCAGAGAUCUUUUUCCAGGUUUGAUGAUGUGUGGCCUGUGGCUCCCCCUUCUAGAGCCAGAGAGGACAAUGGUGAGUCUGGAGAUCUUGAUUCCCAGGUUUCCCAGGAAGGCCUUGGCCCAGUGUUGCAGCCCCAGCCGAAGUCCUACUUCAAGAGCGUCUCUGUGACCAAGAUCACUAAGCCUGAUGGGACAGUGGAAGAGCGCCGGACUGUAAUGGACAGUACUGGCAAGUCGGAGACCACAGUGACCCGUCAGGAAAAGGGUGGCAGUCCUAGAAGUGAUCCAGAGUCUCCAACACCUCCAGCUAUGAAUGAUGCCUUUUCCAUCCUGGAUUUAUUCUUAGGACGUUGGUUUCGGUCCCGGUAGCUUGACCUUCAGAGGCCUUUGGUUCGUUUCUUCUCCCUUCCCUUACUGACUGUCAGUGGGCUUAGCCUCUCCUGCUCCUCAGGGCCGUGGCGGAAACAUUGAAUUGGGGAUGUCAGUCACACACCCAAACUGACCAAUAAAACCUUUUAUUUAUGCUAA